AUGCGCGGAAAAGCGGUGCGACAAGAUGUAACGUCUCUGUCUUCCAACGAGGUCUGCGGGUCGCGGCUAACCUUCGGCGCGAGACUCUGGCCAGAUAUGGAGCCACGAGCUGUCAAAAUGGAGUGGGAAAAAAGGCGGGAAUGUGGCGCCGCUUUAUGUGUAGCUCGUCAUUGCGCUGAAACGAGAGGUGUGGGUAAGACGGUUGGUGUGGGCAGAGAGGUUUCCUUUUGUCCACGAUACGACGCUGGCUUGAGGCUU